CGUCUACGAUGCCCCCGCCUUACUUCCGCGUUCUGUGUGGAGGAAGGUGAAGAGGACGGGGAGGAAAACAUCCAACGUUUACCAGUUUGACUCGACUGAGCCCGGGUCAUAUGUCGGAAACAGUUAUUUAAAGUAGCAUUUUUCGCUUUUAGAGACUUUGGAGUCAUGGCUGACGGCCGAGGAGAGGAGAAAGAAGAGGGGCAAGCGCGAGGAGCGGAGGGCGGAGAAGAUGUCGUUGAUGAUCCCAUCUUGGAGCAAGGAGCAGUGGUCCUUAGAGGGUACGUGAUCGAGCGUAUAAACACUGAAGAUCCUGCGAGGCACGUCAGCUCUGAGGACCUGGGAGGAAGGCCAGAUGAACAACAGGAUCCACAAGUCAAAGAGGUGGUUGAGCAGCUGCUUAAAAUAGCCGAGGAGCUGAACAGGAAUGCUGAGUUCCAGCGACUUGUCAACCAGGUUCAGGGUAACUGUGCCAAAGACAUCUUCAUGAAGGUGGCCAGGAGCAUCUUUGCUGAUGGCAUCAACUGGGGCCGCGUGGUGGCGCUCUUCCAUCUGGCCUACAGACUCAUCCACAGGGCUCUGACCACCAACCAUCUAGAAAACAUCAGAACGGUCAUCAGCUGGGUUCUUCAGGUCAUCAGAGAGCUACUUUACUCCUGGCUCGUGCAGCAGGGAGGCUGGGAGGGAGUGGUCAGGAGUUUUUCCCAAUGGAGGAAAUUAGCCGUUGUAGCAUCAGUAGCGUUGGUGGUAGCCUUUGUUUACUACCGGAGGACACGCUGAGACUGAGACACCACGGUUCAGUCUCACAUCCUUCUUCAUAAAGACAGUUUUAUUCUCCAGCCUCCAUCUCACUCGCCAGAGGACUCAAAGCUCUAUUCUCAGGUUUUUAGGAAGAAAAAAGUUCUUCUGCCACCAGCUGUGCUCUCAGAAUCCGAGUAUUCCUCCAGUUAAUCUGAUCCUUCCACAGAUUAACAGCAGCACGCUGCGACCGCCAUGUUGAAAACUCCCAGCUGUUAGCGCCACUGCCUGUCAGCAGGAGAUGUGUUUAUGGAUGUGGGACGUACUGGAACUGUCAUCAGACUGACCCAAGGACCCCACCUGACUCCUCACAUCACAGAAAUUAGCCAGACCUCAAACAAGGGGGGUGAUAUAGCCCAACAUGUUUUAAUCCAUUUUAACUUAGUUUAAUCAUUUAAAAUUAACAUAUGUUGUCAUGAUGAUACAUAUAUAUAUAUAUAUAUAUAUAUAUAUAUAUAUAUAUAUAUAUAUAUAUAUGUGUAUGUAUGUAUUAGUAUUUUUAUACAAAAUAAGGUUUUAUUCAGGUGUUAUUUUGAGAGCUGAAUUAAUUUAUUUUAAGCUGAACACCAUCUGCAGGGACAAAGAUCACUAUGGAGAUUAUUUUUAAUAUUUUUGUUUCAUCAGAAAAAUCAGGUGGUUUUAGAUCAGUUUUCCAGAUUUUACAAGAUUGCCACUAAAAUGGAUUAUCUCAGUUUCAAAGAGCUGCAAAUGAUGGGUGGACAGCUAGUCUUGGUCAAAGCUUUCCUUUUUUUAUGAAUUGGUUAUAAAUGUGAUGUUUUAAAUUUAUGGCACCACUUUGGAGUUGCAGAUAAAACCUAAAAGAUGUAAAUCAGAUGUUCUUCACAGCAGCCAUGUUGCUAGAAAUAGCACCAGUUGUUUUGUAAGCGCAGUGGUUCCCAACCUACUUUCCUCAGGGACCUCCCGCAUGCAGAUAUUAAAAAACACGGAGCCGCUGCCCCCUCCCUCCCUCACCUAGAAAAAGACAUUGCUACUAGUUUGUUUUUUCAGACCAGUGUCUUAUCGGAUGGUUUCCAGUUAUUGCUGCAGUGUAACAGAAAAGGGCUUUAAAAAAACACUAAUCUGGUCAUGUACGAACAUGUAUGGCUUGUAUCUGAGAUCUCCCUGUUAAUGUGAGUGUGACAUGGGUGUGUGUAGUGGCAUGAUGGAGGAGCUGUCAAUCACCCACCAUGCAGAACCUAAUGAAUCCAUCAUGGCUCCUCCCCCUUCAUCAUGAUACCAUGGUUGGAACCAGCCAGCUGCUGUUCAAGCCUGUUGAUUUAAACUGAAAAAUAUUGCAUAAAUUGAAGUGAUGAUUUGUUACUCCUCCAAGGAAAUAACUGGGAUUGUAAAACAAUAUGACGAAAAAGCCGUUUUCCACACGUCUCCGCUGGGAAUCAACACAUGGCAGCAAACAUCAUGACGGAGGACGGUGAAUUUCUAACAUGUUCAGUGUCUCUGGGACCCUUUUAAUUCAUGUUGUCUGCUUUAAAAUAAUAGAAUAAAACUAAACUUUAAUGAAAGAAAUAUCUGUUAAUGUCAGUAUUUUUUACGACUAAAUUAGCUGUAAUUUUUUUUUUUUUUUUUUUUUAAAGUUAUUCAACUGGUUUGUGGUGAAAUUACUAAAAUGUGACCUUUUUUUUUACUUGGAAAAUUGGUUAAAUUGGACAAAAGGAAAAUAAAUAAUCCUCCUUA